CUCACUUCAACCAUAAUUAUCGUAAUCGUAGAGUUUUACAAACACAUAGUACUUUGACCUUGUUGAAUGUUCUAUAUAACACAAGUAGUUGGGUCUCCUAAUUAACAUACAUUACAAUUGUUCAGAUCAAAAAUGAUUCGCCCACUAGUGCCCUUGACAGCCAUAGCCUUCUGCUUUAGUUUGACAUCAGCACAAGUGGUUUAUAGGUGCAAUUGUGCAUUAUUCCGGGAAAAUGGUUUCCUGGAUGAGGUCAAUCCAUUACUAGAUAACUUAGGCGCCACCUUUAUUGAUCUUGGUGAGCGUACAGAGUGUAACAAUGGGGAUUUGACGACAUGCGACCAAUAUUGUAGACAAUACAUAAAAGAUGAGGGAUUUUUUCUUGGAUUUGAUAGUAUCAGAGACGGGACAGAAACUUAUGGAGAGCACUUCUGCGAACAAACAGGUUUAUUGAACCCAAAUGACUUGCCUAUAGAGACCCCAGGAAAUCCUGUGUUCGCCUUCUCCCGUAUGGAGCAAUGUACAACGAUUGAUACAACCUGGUUCACUUUCCCAGAUUCUCAGUUUGAUCCACCAUUCAAUCUUUGCUGCGAUGCAGCGGGACAAUAUGUACCAUGUAACUGAGUUUGAGACACCAAUGUCUGCAUCAGAAUAUUUGACAUGUCAUCAGUUUGAUACAUCAAUACAUAUAUUGAAACAAGAAAA